AUGGCCCGCGACGACUUCGCUGGUCUCCAGCGCCGUCUUAUGGCCGUUCCCCUCUUCCAAUUGGUCACUAUCACCAACUUCAUUCAGGAUCUCUUCGUCUCCACUUGCCAACAGACGAGCACUCGCCACAUCUACCCCUUCCCGACGGUGGCCAUCGACAGACGCAACGUGGAUCGCGUCUUCGACUCCUGCAAGGACAUUCUGCAGGGCAAGGCCCUCACCGAGUUGAUGGUCUGA